AUGCACGUGAUCACCAGCCCAGACGUCCCAAGCGCCCACGCUAUCCGCGAACAGCUCCGCGCUGGAACCGAGAUCCAUGUUGCCGGACACGUCACUCACCAUCACCACAAGGACUUCUCCGUUGAGCUCCUCUCCGGACCACAUAUCGUCCUUCACGUCAAUUUCCGCUUCGAGCAUGGUCACAGAGUUGCCAUGAACACCUCUGUUAAUGGACAAUGGGGAUCCGAGAUCGAUCACCAUAACCCAUUGAAGCAUCAUGACCACUUUGAUCUUAAGAUCCAUGUUCAUGAGGGAUACUACCAUAUCUCGGUUAACGGAGAGCACCUCGCUGAUUUCCCACACCGUCUUCCAUACCAAUCGGUUCAAGCCGUCGGACUCAAGGGGGCCGUCCACGUUGACCAGAUCUCCUUCACCGGAUUUGAUUUUGGAGUCGACUGGAACUCCAGCCACGACUUCGGACAUACCGGAUACGGUGCCUAUGGAACUGAGACUUAUGUGGCUCCAGUCUUCCAAGAGACUCACUCCUACAACGCCUACUUUUAA